CAGGCCAUGGGGUAGCUACAGAAGAUUUGGGAGAGGGGAGGAGUAUUAAGCCUCAAGAGGCUGACCCAGUGUACCCCGUAGCACAGUCAAUUUCCAACAGACCCCAGGCCCCCAUGGUCCCCAUUCCUUUGCCUCCCACACCAGCCCACCAAAGUCUGGCCUCGAAGAUCUUCUGUUUAUGCUGCAGAGACUGUCAGGAGUGCUCUGUCAUCGACACCUGCAAAGUCCCCAACCAACCCCAAGAGCAACAGCCAACAACCCACGGUGGGUACCAGAUAAGGACAGCCUGUGUGGCCUCUCUAGACCUCAUUUUGUUCAUUUCUCCCCUGCUGAGAUAUGAGGGCACAAAAGGAACCUCCCACUUGCCUUCAGGACAAUCCCUGAUCCACCCAGAAAAGACAGCUUCCGUCAACAGCAGUGACUUUGAGGAAAUCAUCUGUGAUGGUCCUGCAAGGACCAGGACAGUUCAUACAACUCUAACUCAAAAAACUUUAUCCAGAAUAAUUUUUUCCUUUCUUCUUUCAGAUCUCUACACCAAAGCUUCCCAAAGCAAUUUUUACAAGAGAAACCUAAACCGCUACUCCCAGGAGCGCUGGCCAUUCCAGACUUGCUUCAUUGGGAGACCCUGAGGGUUCUAGCUAAUGCCACCCUUGUGGCUCGCCUGGUAC